CCCAUGAUAUACCAGGCAUCAGAACUCUCUGGCGCCUGGCCAGCCUUACUUACUACUGUGUGAAACAACAUGUUUCGAAGACCCUCUCUCCCAUCCAAUUAUUGACGGUUCUGUAGUCAUCGCCAUCCAUUGGCGCCCAGCUCACCAAACCUUCAACCAACAAGAUCACGCAGGACCCACGACCAUUCGAACGACCCGUCGGCGCCAAAGUCUCACGGUCAAGGCCAAUCUAAUGACCCAUAGGCCUAAUAGUGCCAGUCGCAAAUAAACUUUGCCUCUAGCGAGCAGUAUUGAGCAACACAUGAUAAUGCGGUGUCAUGUCGCAUUUACAGCUUCAGAAAAUGGCCCCGACGAAGAUCGUCCCUGAAAAGAACGAGAGCAUGGAACAGGCAGCAAUAAUGGGCAUGCAUAAGUUGACUGAGGGGCGUUCUCGAGAGACAGGCUUUGAUAUUGAUGGAAGUCUUGAACGGGAGUCUCGAGAAAACUCGACCUCGCCGUCGCAACGUUCAGUAGCUCUUCCAGUGGAAGAAACUCCGUACGUAUCUUUCGGAGAAGGAGCGGAUCCUGUUUUCAAGAACGUGGCCAUUGCGAUACACAAAUACGUCUAUGGCUUGAACAGCUACAACGAUUUAGCUGAGGAGAACGAAUAUGUGCCUCGCAACUACCGUUAUUCACCACCUAUGCCCUCACACGACUCUGAUGCGACCCCCGAAUAUCUCCCCGCUGAUUUCCCUCGCCUCACUUCGGAAGAAAUAAUUGAGAACGAGAGGAUGGCCAAGCGCUGAGAGGUGGCGCGAAAUACUUUAUGGGCACAAGGGCGCUUUGGUACCUUGUAUUUCGCCAGCGCCUCUUGAGGACCAAAAUUAACACAAUUACUUCAAAAGCGGAAUUCACCACGGGUUUCCAUUACCCCCACCCCCCCAAGCUAGCCGAAGGGCCAUUUACACAGGAGCAGUAGCAACAGAAUUGAAAAGAAAACGAGGCUCAACCGAAAUAUAACCACUGGCGGCAAUUUGUCACAUCAAGCUGUGCUUAUAGAGGACUCAUCUCCAAAUCGCCGGCCAAAAUGAUCGAGACGAGGUGCAAACGCGACUGAUGAGCCUAAUAAACCUGAUGUGGAAUCACCUCUCAAGUCAAACAAAGCACA